GUAAAGGCGACGGCAAAGCGUAAGAGGCAAGAGGGGAUUAAAUAGGCCACGCUACACUAAUGAGGUUUAUUAUAAUUUUCUUUUCUUAAAUAUUCGCAAGAUGCCAGCACAAUACAAUUGCAAUAAGCGAAUGUAUCUAAGAUGUUUGGUAUCACUGACAGAAUUUGGAGGUUGUUUUAAAUAAUAUUUUGAAGAAAUAUUUAUAAAACUUUAAAUUCCAUUUAUAUACGUAUAUAUGUGUACACAAAUAUUAGUAUAUAUGUAUUGAUAUAACUAUACUAAUAAAAUGACAACGGAAAAAGAUUUGGUAAAUGCGUCAUUUUUCUAUAGCGGUAAGAGAAUCUUUGGAAGCUGGUGGAGAGCUUGGUCGUAUAAGAGCUGAAAUGCGAACUGAAGUUUUCAAAUUAUUAGAUAGUUCUAAUUCGGAAAGUAAAAUACAAAAUUCCAAACAAUCGUCUGAUAUUAUUAUCUUCAAUGAGCUUGUUCGCGAAUAUUUAAAUUGGAUGGGAUUUAAGUACAGUUCAACUGUGUUUGUUGCAGAAUGCGAUCUUUCAAAACAUCCUUAUGAUCGAACAUUACUAGCACAAGUUUUGGGAAUAAAAGAAACUAAUACAAGUAAAAAAUUGCCCUUGCUUUGUGGCAUAAUAGAUUCAUUAAAGCAUAUGAAAAAUACAUAAAGACAACAAUAUAUUUAUGUAUCAACAAAAUUUACUUAAUAAGUAUAUAUAUUUGUGUAUUGCAACUUCUAUAUGAAUCAGAUAUUAGUAUUUGUCAAUAAUUUAUAAUAUAAAUUAUGAUAAUGCCAUUCAUUUUGUAUACAUUUAAAAUUUAGAUUCAAAAUUAUACAUUGAAUAUUGUAUUAAUCGAAAUAAAUAAUAUUA